UUUUAGACAAUGACAUUGAUUGAAAUCAAAUUAGUUUAUAAGUGAAUCAGUAGCAAUUUAAUCAUUAAAUUCAUGGUAAUAUGAGUGAUGUCGUUUGCUCACCGAUCACUCCCGACCAAGAAACAAAACAAUUCCAAGUUUCGUUUCAUAUCCCCAAGCAAAACGUUCGCUCCCCGAGAAAACGGCUUGUUAGACCCGAAACUCCAACGACAUUUCCAUGCCUUUAGGGACUACCUUCAAACCGCGGUCAAAGAUUUUAACCAACGUUGGAGUCGUGAUGAUCUGCGUUACGAUGUAACCCUUGACGAUUAUGAACUGAUUCGUACUCUUGGGGUUGGUGGUUUUGGGAAGGUAAUGCUUGCCGUUCAAAAUGGCCGCAGUUCCGAGGAAUAUUAUGCGAUUAAAAUUAUGGAUAAGCAACACAUCAUCAAGUACAAACAGCUUGAUCAUGUUGUGCAGGAGCUGAGGAUUCUGGACGCUGUCAAUUUUAAGUUUUUGGUUAAUCUGGUAAACUACUUCAAGAACAAUUGUUAUUUGUUUUGUGUGAUGCCUUUGAUUCCUGGCGGUGAGAUGUUUAACUUACUGUCGAAGGAGGGCAAGUUUGAAGAAUGCAAUGGGAAGAUAUAUGCCGCACAAGUUAUACUGGCUUUUGAGUAUUUACAUGCAAACGGCGUGAUUUAUCGGGAUUUAAAACCGGAGAAUAUUUUGAUUGAUGCUGAAGGGUUUUUGAAGAUUACGGACUUUGGAUUUUGUAAGAAGAUCGAUGACAAACGCACAUGGACGUUGUGUGGGACACCUGAAUAUCUCGCACCGGAAGUAAUAUUAUCACAAGGCUACAACUUCUCCGUCGACUGGUGGACGCUGGGUAUCCUAAUCUUCGAGAUGACGGCUGGUCAUCCCCCAUUCUAUGCUGCGGAUCCAAUGAGCCUCUAUGGCCUAAUCGUAAACGGAAAAUAUCGCAUGCCAGAAAAAUUCAGCCGGCCAUUACAGCAUCUCACGCAGAACCUGAUUCAAACAGAUAGGGAUAAAAGGUUUGGUGUGUUAAAAAAUGGCGUCAAAGACAUAAAAACCCACGAGUGGUUUCGGGAUGUCGACUGGCAAAUGAUUAUGUUGCGUCGUAUUCGACCUGCGCACAUCCCUGUCAUUGACAACCCUCGGAAAAACGGAAACUUCGAGAUCUAUAAAGAGGAGCCGCUGCGCACUAACGAGGUGGAAGAAUACGCCAAAGAAUUCCGUACCAUAACUCUGCAUUCCAAUAUACCCGCGCCCGCCCCUCGGCGCCAUGAUGAUAAUCACAAACAUGCACGCUGAAUUAAGUAUUACAACAGUGAAAUUGAAAAUUAAAUAUAUUUAUCAACCAUCA